GUCUUCGACAAAAACAAACAUGGCGUAGUUUUGUGUUGGCUGUUUAGUUGCAUUCGUUAUUUAUUUUGCAUACAUUUGCAAUUACAAAUUAACCGGGGCUCUACAUUUCGUAAUAACCAGUGAAUGUUACAAAAGUCGUUUCCUGUGCGCAUAAUGCUUGUUACAAUUAAGGAACGCACCUAACUGUCGAACGAGUUGAAAAAGAUUGCACCAACAGUCACUAUCCGAAUGACAUAUCAGGAUGUCUACAGAACGAGAGGACGGCCCAGUCUAUUACCGGGAGAUACAGAAGAAUACGUAUUUAAAGAGAAUACCCAAUGAAUUGCCGAGCAGUAAAUUAAUAGCAUUGGGUCACAAGAAACCCCCACUAAAAUCAAUGUGGACACAACUAUGCAUACACAAUGGUCGUACUCCGUACUUAGAGCAAUACCCGGAAGCUGAUCAUCCUACAGCACUUACACACCGACCAACUUGGCGAGCCAGUCUAUUGACAGCCCGACAUGUAACUGGCAGCGUUAGACCAAGACAGGGGAAUGAAUAUGAUUUUCUUGUGGACACAGAAAAAGGUCCAGUCAGAAUGCUUGCCCCAGAUUGGGAAACAAUGCAAGACUGGGUCACGACACUUCGUAAUAAACUGUCAGAACUGAAGAUUAUGAGCAAAGGGGAGAAUGUGUACUGUGCUCCGCCUGUGACGCCACAACCUCGGGCCCCGAACCGAGAUCCAACAUCACCAUUGCCACCCACACCGCCAGUUCCUCCUGACAGGGUACCAGGUAUCGAAAUUAUACCAACAGUACACACAGCUCCUGUAAGCACUGAAUCACCUGCUCAACCUGAACAAGUCACCCAACUCAGUGAGCCCAGUCAACCAGAACCUCAAAACCCAGAACCAUUUGCAAUUCCCAGCACAAGCCAGCGUAGUGAAGGUAUUGCCAAGAUAUGUGGCCAAAAUAUAUGUCUGGAUGGGUCAUUGUUGGAAAGAAUCGGAUCGGGCUCGGGUGGUGACUUUGAGGAAGAGUUGGGCGAAACUGAAGAAUAUAGACAGACAGUAUUAGUUCCCGAAGACUCUGCUGCUGUGGAUCAACCACGAAUAGACUGUCCGUCCAAUAUAACAGUUAUACAAGUGUCAAACAGAGAAGCACCUCAUACAGCUAUACCCAUAGUUUCAACUGAAGAUGUUUUCGACUUUGAUGUGAACCGAAAAACUCCAAACUUCGUCAAUAUUGUUAAUACAGAAGUCAAUGUACAGAAUACGAAUGAUUAUGGCACGGUUUUCAACGACUACGGUCACGUGAGCACGAUGACAUCUGUCAGUCUGACAGCUGUCAAUCAGAAUGAUGCCUACGAGAGGCUAUGUAACGCGUCGACGUCGAAGGUGGAAGUUUUGAAGAGUCUAGACAAAAACAGGAAGUCCUCCUUACCUAAUCUAGUCAAAGAAUCGGAUUAUGAGUUUCUGUUUCCCGGCAGCGCUUCCGAGAGUAACACUGUGAAUGUAGUCAGUACUAACGGCGUCAAUACCAGAGCUAGAAGUUCCAGAGACAAUAAUAAUGUUCAAAUGAGAGUUAAUUCUAUUGACGAAGAGAUAACUAUUGAGAAUUCAAGUUCGACAAGUGUAACAACAACUACUCAUUCUGUUGGUACUGCUCAAGUGACUGCAACAGUGAGCAUUGCCCAAAUUACAUCUACACCUUCUGUUAGUCAUGCUCAAGUUAAUAUAAGUGCAGCACAUGUGACCCCUGAACUCGUUAGUCUAACAAGUAGUGAAGUGAAUAGAAACGUUUCGGAUGCUCAUGUAGUCAGGAGUCACAGUCAGAAUGCAUAUGAGAAUUCACCUAGAAGAGUCGUGGUGAGAAGGGUGCAGGCAACUAGUCCUAAAAGAGAUGCACAGACUGAUAAAUCGGAUCAAAUUCAACCUAAACCCAUUUGGAAGAGGGGUCUUACAGAGUUCUCACUGCUUACUCGAUUGAGAGCUUUUGGUCAGAGCAGACGGCAGGAAAGCCCGACUAGGAAUGAAAAUGGAAAUGAUAGGAAUCCAUUGACGUCUCCUGUCAAAGUUGUACGUCGUUCGAGACCGGAAGCCAGGGAAGGUGUGAGGAGAAGAAGCAAUUCAUUAAGCAACGAAACCGUCAACUCUGCUGAACCCCGACCCGGUACACUAAUAGGAGCCCCGCUCUCUGUACGAGACGGACCAGUUUUUGCUGAUUACAGCGGACACGUGUGGAUAUGCAGAUGGGGUGGUCCUUCGCCUGGCGUGGGUCGAUGUGGGGACAAGCUGGUGUCUGUGGGCAGGGUUUCACCCUCGGAUGCCCAUCAUGCUGUACGGCUUCUAGCUCACGCCGCGCCGAGGCAUAUCAACGUUCUCUUUCACAGGACGCCGCUAGCGAAGAUAUACAAGAUUGUAAAGAGAGAUAAGGAGUUUAUUGGAAUAAAACUGGAUACUGAAUGCAACGUAACGAGUGUCGAACCUUCGUCGCCGGCGUCACGGGCCGGCUUACCGUUGGAGGGGCGGUGGGCGGUCACGCACGUCAACAGUCGACAGAUCAACUUGAUUAAAGGAGGUGAAGAGGAAAUGAACAGGCUAAGCUAUCAUAAUACCGAAUUGACAGUGACAAUACAACCGUCAGGUUUAGUUAAGAAAAUCAGAUCGACCCUGAAAACGACGAAAAACGCCGUAGGUCUAAGGUAACAUCGACCCCUGUUGUAACAUUAGGUACAGUCGGCUACAGAAGUGCACUAUUCCAUUCGGUACAGUCAGCUACAGAAGUGCACUAUUUCAUUCAGAUGAAUCAGAGACUUGAGAAAAACACAAUACGGUUUCUAUAAAAGCGAUUUUUGCAAUAGACCAAUAAAUAUAGAUCCGUAUUUUGUUCUUUUACGGUUAAGAAAUACAUAAUAAUGUCAAAUUUGUAUAUUAUUAUACAGCGGAUAGAUUGUCACUUAGCAUACGGAGAACAAUGAUUUACCAAUCCAAUGUAAAUAUCGGUUUUGUAACUAGCCCGCAAUGUACACAUGUGAUUCUAAGAGGUCAACAACCCCACUAAUUCUGUGGCAGCUUAAUGUAAUAUACAUUUGUGAUUAUUUGUAACAAUGGCAGCUAUAUUUAAUUAUGUACGUGUAAGGUGAUUCAAUUUUAUUUCUUUAAGUCGAAUUUCGAGGUCAACGCCCUGUGCCCUCUUCGGGCUAACUUUGCAUUCGAUUGCUGUUUCAAUUAUAUACUGAACUAAUAUUGUUUUCCAUUGAUGCUUAAAUUAGUUGAAACAUCCCGUUUUGUAUAUUUAAUGUAUGCUUUUGCAUGCGUUAAUGUUUGAUAAUAUAUUAUUAAACUAAAAUAAACUAGUUUUUUAUUCAUAAAUAAUUUUUAGGAAACUAUGGACUGAUAACUGUAAACACACGGAGUGAUAUUUCGGAUACGAUUAUUUAACAGUAUUUAUUAGAAAG